AUGUCGAGGUGGCUGCUCGUGGCGCUGCUGGCGUUGGCAUUGUUGCAAGUGGAAGUGGAGGGAGUGAAGCGGAGAUUCUUGCGCCGACAGCAACGCAAGUCGAAGACCCCAACCGGGCAUGCGCUGGUCAAGAGAGUCAAUGAUCAGGGGAAGUGGAAGGUAAGGCUUGUUUAAAGUCAGGGAAAACGGUUUACCUUGUGUUUACCCACAAAAGAGGAGCACAUUUUACUAUCUCUAUGUCGGGAAAAUAAUGAGCAUAAAGUCGCAUCAAAAAUCGCGUCGAAUUUUCAACACGGCAGGGUGCUCAUUAUUUCCCCGACAGACUGAUAAUAUAAUAUUCUAGCAACGUUUUUUGAGCGGAAUGGCAAUUUAUUACUAUAAACAAGAACUCAAUUUUUUACUGAAAAAUUUUAGGCCGCUUAUGCUCCCUACUUCGCCAAAUCCAAGCCUGAAGCCAUUCGUCAGUUGAUGGGAGUCCGUGAGGAUGUUCCUCAAGUUUUGGCUCGGGAUAUCGCCAAGAAUCCUCGGGCAUUCUCCCCUCCAACCGACUACAAUAUAACCACUAUUCCCAAGGAAUUCGACUCGCGAAAGGCUUGGCCAGAAUGUGCCGACCUCAUCAACUCGGUUCAAGAUCAAUCUCUCUGUGGAUCUUGCUGGGCUGUGAGUUCGUCGACCGCGUUGGCUGAUCGUAUUUGCAUCGCGACCAAGGGAAAAACGAAGGUUUCUUUGUCGACCAUCGAUUUGGUAUCUUGUUGCAGUGAGUGCGGAUAUAGGUGAGUUUCAUUUCCGACCCACAAUACUAAUAGUCUGUCGGGAAAAUAGUGGUGUGUGGUCGCUGCAAAAUGUUUUUUGCCAAGUUCGUUGUUAUGUUUUCGGUCUGUCGGGAAAAUAAUGAGCACCCUGUCGCAUCGAAAAUCGCAUCGCUGCCGAGAAAAUGAAUUGUGUAGCGGCAAAAUCAAAUUGCUUUUUAUAUACUUCAGCGACGCGAGCGGCACAGCGGCAUUGUGCUCAUUAUUUUCCUGACAAACUGAUAGUACUCGAAACAACAAGAACGAUUCCUAGUGUAGUUUACAAUGAUUUUACAACCUUAUGUAGUAUUCUCCCCUCCUUUUCAGCUGUGUUGGAGGCUAUCCUCACCGUGCCUUCAAAUACAUUUAUGACAACGGAAUUGUCACAGGAACUAAUUACACCCAUCCCGACGGAUGCAAACCCUACCCAUUCAAGCCGUGCGAGCACACUGGCGGCGCCUUCAGAUCGAAGUAUCCACAAUGCUACGGUAGACAGCCUAGCCCUCCGAAAUGCGAGCAAAAGUGCAGCAAAGACGGAUACAAGAGAACCUUCGAAAAUGACAAGUUCUACGGUAAGCUUUAGGGGGAUGUUGUGGAAAACUUGGCACGUAUACAGUUUAUACAUAUGCAGUAUAUAUUAGCAGUUUGUCGGAAGAAUAAUGACCACUCUGUCGCAUACAAAAUCGUAUCGCCGCUGAGGAAAUGCAUUGUGUCGUGGUAAAAUCAAAUUGCUUUUCACUUCAGCGACAUUGUACUCAUUGUUUUCCCGACAGAUAUUACUGCUUCCUGCGACCUUUAUAUCCAUUUCGCCGAUGGUACUUCCCUUGCAAAGAGAUUCUCGGUUUCACACGCUAAGACACCCAGUCUUCUAGUACGCUGUCCUAGACAAGCUCCCAACUUUAACAAUAAGCGUUAUUGUUAAAGUUGGAGGACUUCUUGCUUAUCCUCCGAAAUAUCACAACGGAAGAUGACCAAAGUACAGUAGAUAUUUAGAUUCCAAUAUUUUCUUAGCGCGAGUAGUUGACCGCUCACUCCGCUGCUUUUUCACCAAUUGCCCACACGAUCUGACGGCCAACCGCUCGCUCACGCUGCAAAAGUCCAAAUUGAUCUUCCAUUAUUUCCAAAUCCACGUCUCGGUCGAUUGCGGCGGAGUGCGAAUGUCCUUUUGGGUUUCGUGUCGGGACGCAGCGGCGGGCCGAAUGCUAUUACAGCGGCCGUGACCAUACUUUACAAAGUCUGCUGAAUUUCUCGACUGGCUUUGCCGGAGGAUGCCAAAGAUUUUAAGGGGGACUUUUUAAAGACUAGCGAUUCUAAUUGACAAAACAAAUCGCUCUAUUUUUCUAUUUUUCCUUUUCCAGUCUCCACCUGGUACAAUCUCAACAAGGACGCUGUCGGCUUGCAAAAAGAGAUCAUGACCAACGGUCCGGCUGUGUUCACUGCGAUGCGCAUGUACGAAGACUUCCUGUACUACCGCAGCGGUGUCUACGAGCACAUCGCCGGUCGCUACUUCGGACUGCACGCGGUCCGAGUGAUCGGAUGGGGUGAGGAGAACGGAGUGCCAUAUUGGAUCGUUGCGAACAGCUGGAACAAAUAUUGGGGAGAUAACGGGUUCUUCAAGGUGCGACGAGGAAACAAUGAAGUCGGCAUAGAGAGUGUGAUCGAUGUCGCGAUUCCGGACAUCCAAAGAUCCGCAACUCAGCAGAUCAAGUAUGAAGGCGUAUAA